AUGCGUGCCUCCACCAUUCUGACUGCCCUCGCGGGUGCCAGCUCCGCAUCGGCUGCGGUGAUGAGGCUUGCAACUACCUCCCUCAGGGCCCUUAGCUACGACUGGGCUGUCACUGGCUGGAGUGCUGGUUGCGCCAGAGCCGGCUGCUACUACGACUUCAACAUAACCGGCGACGCAAACACCACAGCCAAGCCGCAGCGUCCUGGCUUCAAGGCUUACUGCAGCGGCCAAGAGGGUGAGGGCUACAGGGCCUGCACACAACUCGACAGUGAAGGGAACGAUGCCGAGGUCGUCGCAAAGCUCUUCCCUCACAACAUCACAGCCAAUGGCACAUCCAGCCUACCACACAUCCAGGUCAGCCUGAGAUAUACAGACCUGGAUUCUGCAUCGACGUGGUGGAACUACACAGGAGACGCAUAUGCGCGUUUCAACCAGUUCGUGGCGCCGCCCAUGAACUUCUCGAUCACGCCCGACGAGGUCUUUGGUGUCGCAUAG